UUGAAUUUGUGGUGACGGGGAGAGGUGCAGGGCUGUAUCCGUGGACUCUGGGCAGUCGACACGAAUGGAGCUGGGAGAAGGAAGUGACUGUGGUUUUACUGAAGGGAGUGAAAGAAAGGAUGUUUUCGUGCACUGCGUGCUUUUAUUGUGAAAGCAUCCGUGCGGAAGUGGCAGUCCUCCGCUUUCAAGAAGAAAAACAAGCAGGACACACGUCAUUUCGUAUCUGGCGUUCUCUUCCAGGUCACAAGACAAACAUGGCAUCGAGCAGCACGAGCAGCGAGGAGGAGCGGAGCCUCCGAGAGUGUGAGCAGUAUGUUCAGAAGCACAACGUCCAGCAGCUGCUCAAGGACUGCAUCAUCCAGCUGUGUACGGCCCGGCCUGACCGGCCCAUGGCCUUCCUCAGGGACUACUUUGAAAGACUGGAAAAGGAGGAGGCCCAGCAGAUGGCUUCACAGCACAAGUCCAGCAUGCGCUCUGACUCCCGUGAGGACGAAGUUUCUCCACCCAUGAACCCUGUCGUGAGGGGUCGGAGCCGGAGAGGAGCCAUCAGCGCCGAGGUGUACACCGAGGAAGACGCUGCCUCCUACGUCAGAAAGGUCAUCCCAAAAGACUACAAGAGCAUGGCUGCUCUGUCCAAAGCCAUGGAGAAGAACGUGCUGUUUGCUCACCUGGACGACAAUGAGCGGAGUGACAUUUUUGAUGCGAUGUUUUCUGUCAACUACAUCGCUGGAGAAACAGUCAUCCAACAGGGUGAUGAAGGAGACAACUUCUAUGUUAUCGACCAGGGAGAGAUGGAUGUUUAUGUGAACAAUGAAUGGGUGACCAGCAUUGGUGAGGGAGGUAGUUUUGGGGAGCUGGCUCUGAUCUAUGGGACGCCUCGUGCAGCUUCAGUCCGGGCGAAGUCCGAUGUCAAGCUUUGGGGCAUUGACAGAGAAAGCUACAGGAGAAUACUGAUGGGGAGCACUUUGAGAAAGCGCAAGAUGUAUGAGGAGUUCCUCAGCAAGGUGUCCAUUUUAGAGUCUCUGGAUAAGUGGGAGCGUCUGACGGUGGCUGACGCCUUGGAGACGGUACAGUUUGAGGACGGCCAGAAAAUCGUAGUGCAGGGACAGCCCGGCGACGAGUUCUUCAUCAUCCUGGAGGGAACAGCAGCAGUGCUUCAGAGGCGGUCAGAGGAUGAAGAGUUUGUGGAGGUCGGCAGACUCGGACCGUCAGAUUACUUUGGUGAGAUCGCCCUGCUGAUGAACCGGCCCCGUGCUGCCACUGUUGUUUCCUGCGGACCCCUCAAGUGUGUCAAACUGGACCGGCCGCGGUUUGAGCGAGUCCUGGGCCCCUGCUCCGACAUCCUGAAGAGAAACAUCGAGCAGUACAACAGCUUCGUUUCCCUCUCUGUCUGAGCUCGUCAGCACUCAGACCCUCUUUUCCUCUACUGCAGGGUCCACCAACGCACAUCUGCUUUAUUUUCCUGCUUCUCUGUCUUUCACAUUCACCUGAAGAUCACUUCAUCUGUUACUCGUUUAUUUCUUAUUUAUUUUAUUUUUUAUGUAGGUACUCAGAAGGUAGAUUUGUUUUGUGUGAAGGUCAGACACAGUUCAGUGUGUUGCUACAUCACCUGAAGCUGUAAUCCCAACACCAAAUAUGAGUUUGCGUUGAACGUAUAGCUGCUGAAGUGAAAAGACAGUGUAUGCGUGACUAACUGCGCGUUCACACUGCGAGGUCAAGUUCCUUUCAGAGCAUAGCAGGACAAUGUGUCAUGUCAACAUUUUAAAAUAUGUUGAAAAACAUUUAGAUCAAUAAAAUAGAAAUUAUUUAUAUAGAUAAGAUGGGGAAAUGGUGUAAGCUAAUUCAUAACAAUCAGUUUUGCGGUAUUAAAGGUAGGGUAAAAGAUUCUGGAGAAGCAAUGAAACAUUAGCUAUGUUGUGGUGUAGCAGUUUGUUGCUGCUGUGAAGUUUCCCAGAGCACACCGGCUCCAGACAACUCUGCUGCUACUAUAGCAAACAACACAACAACAGCAUGAAUUGGCAAAAGAAGUCGAGUGUCAGUGUUACCUGACACACAAACCCUAGAUCGAAUGGCUGGAAUAGUGUUACGUGGCUCGGUAUGUUUCUCAUUUACAGAGCCAGGCUUGUGUAAGAGCACUUGAUAUUUUUUAUUAUUUUUUUUCAGGGCUCACCGAUUAGAAUCGCAUACCUCACUUUUAAAGGUUUCAGUGUGUCAGAUUUAUGGGGCUCUCUGGCUGACAUGGAAUAUAAUCUUCAAGCUAUGUUUUGAUUAGUGUAUAAUCAACUGAAAAUUGUUAUGUUGUUACCUUAGAGUAAAGCUCUUUCAGAGUCCGCCAUGUUGAACCACUGUAUCUCUACAGUAGCCCUGAAGGUACAGACUGGCUCUAGUUAAGGCCUGUUGCGUUUUUCUUUAACGCUAUGAACACAUGCUACUAAAUCCUACACACUGGGCCUUUUUAAGUCAAAAAGGUAGACGGUGUGAAUGCUCAGUUUGUUGCGUAGUUUGUUCUGGAGAUGCUUUGACAGAUGGUUUCACGCUGACUGUGGAAGCUUUGUUUUUUGAAGUGGUACGCCAACGGGUUCAUCUGUUUUUUUUGCUGCUCCUCUUUUAUUUGUGUUUCUAUUUUUAGCCAUGCUAGCAACGAGGUUCUAGGGAUGGUCAGUUGGUCCACCGUUCUGGUCCUGACUGAAAUAUCUCAGCAACUAAUCAGAUAAAUUUUUUCAUAAAAUGUUGUCAUCACGUUCCCCUCAGGAUGAGUUGUAAUACCGUUUGUGAACUUCUGACUCCCGUCGUCAUCCCGUUUAACAAAUGUCAUUUUGUCCCUUUAUGACCAAAUACCUGCAAAACUAAUGACAUUCCUAUCAGCCUCAGCUGUACUUAAUUAGCAAAUGUUAUCAUGCUAACAUCUCCUAAAUAUCAGCACCACAGCUAGCGUGGCUGCAGACUUUGAGUUUUGAUUGUUUUUUUCAUAUUUGUUGUUGUGGUGUUCCUUGUACACACGCCUUUUUUAGAGGGUUGCCUUGACAUUGAUAUACGUAAUUUUCCUGUAUCUGGUCACACGGUUUGACAGAAGUACAAACACCAGCCAUACACCCACUGUAUGGAGGAAUAAAAGCAAAAAAAAAAUAGAAUGCACAAUGAAUUUACAAUAUUUCCAGUUAAACUUCUGGUUAAGUUUCUGUUUCAUGGUUUUAAUUUCUCAUCACCAGUUGCUAAUUUUAAGUUGAGCUUUAAAUUUGAGAAUCUUACUUUCAGAUUUUCUGUUUAACAUUUCACAUUUUUACAUUUUUAGAUUUCUUUUUCAUCAUUAUGAUUUUUGUAUUUUUGUUUUUAACAUUGAAUUCGUAGCGUGAAUAGAAAUAGUGACAUAUUCAGUAGCAGUUUUUUUUUAUAUUCCUUUUGCUCUUAAAAUAGUUUUUCUGGGUGAAAUUCAUAUCUAGCUGGCAGUGUUUGUUUCAAAUGUCCAGGUAUCCCUUUAACUCUGCUCACAUCUUGUUCUAUUUACACCUCUGCCACAGAUCUAUAUAUUAAGAGGAAAUGACUAUAUUUUUUUGCACUUUUUAUGAUAUACAAAAUGAUAUGAAUAACGAGAAAACGUUUCUAUGCUGUUAAAUUCACUGUUUAGUGUACGUCUGUCAUUUAAAGGGAGUGCAGGUCAAUACAAGAAAAUAAUAAAGAAAAAAACACAACACAAAAUGGCACCUGUUGGAAGAUCAGGCUUUCUGCAGUAAAUAUGGAAGACACGUAGCAUCACAACGAAACUGGUGCCAAAUACGAUGCUGAGAUUUUCUGCAUUUCCGUAAGUCUUAAGGAACUUAAAAAGGAAAUAAUAAUAAUAGUAAAAAGGAGAGGAAGCUUUCUGGUGCUUUGCAUUAAUGUCUUAGGGCACAAACAAUAUGAUUUUUUUUCAGUAAAUGAAAGGGACUUUUGUUUGCAACUAUUGUUGCACGUGGAUUAUUGAUGUAAAUCACAAAUUUGACAAAUUUCUCAAAAGAUUAAGAGUGACCGUAAAGAUUUCUGUACUGAUAAACACACUGCUUAGGUCACUAAAAUGUAUCCACAUUCACAAGCAUGAAUUAUGGACUUCAUCAGUCAAUGAAGCAAAUGCCAAUAAAUCCUGAUUUCAAUCU